CUUUCAAGACAAAAGAUACCAGUCACAGGUAAAUGUGUGCACUUUCAGUUUGAGAUCCUAUAAUGUGAGAGUCACCGCAGACUUGGGUGUGUCACCUCCCACCGUAGGCCACCAUGUACUCCCGAACUUCCCCGAUCAUCCUAACUCUACUUUGUGUGAUUGUUCUGUGUCAAGGACGAAGUUUGGAUGGUAUUCAACAAAAAGUUCCGAGAGGUCGAAGUCACUUUCUAAAAGAUAAGGCACCAACCGGUACACCAUCCGCAGACACAACCCUACCACCGACCCCCACUACAGAUACCACACCUCCAUCAUUAGUUUCAUUUUCAACUGAUCCAACUGCCGCUUCUGAACGAAUAGGAUCAAGUUCUAACCCAAUCUCAGGAAACUCUGAAAGUCCAAGUUCGAAUCAGCCCACUGCUACGUCGGCAAUACCAAUAUACUCAACCGACCCGACAGGUAAAACUGGUACUUCCGAAGAACCAACUUCAAUUCAACCUUCAACUACCGGCGGACCAGUUCCAACCACUGGCAUACCAACUUCGACAACUGGUAGACCAACUACUGGAGGACCAAUACCAACCACUGGUGGGCCAAUCCCAAGUACCGGUGGACCAGUUCCAACCACUGGCAAACCAAGUUCUUCAACUGGUAGACCAACUACUGGAGGACCAAUACCAACUACUGGUGGGCCAAUCCCAACUACUAACGGACCGACUCCAACUACUGGUGGAACAUCUCCAACUACAAGAAUUCCAAUCACAACUACCCAAACACCUCUGUCAACUCCGGAAUUCACAUCAACGGAACCGACUACUACCACUCCUACACCUUCACAAACUCCCUUAUUUACAUACCCUACUCCUAUGGAAUAAAACAGAUCUCUUUUACAACUGA